GCCCGCCACUUCCGGGGCCUCAGUCCCGGGCACGGAGCCGCGAGUCUGAGGCGCUCCGGCCCCGGGACGACCCGGCCAGCCCGGCCGCCGCCCGCGCCGGCCCCGAGCCCUGGCUCCCCCACCUUCCUGAUCAGCCAAGUGGUUAAUGCGGACGGUUAAGAAGCUACGCCUGGACAACAACUCAAACACAGGAAGUUGGAGGAGCUUCUCGCUGAAUUCUGAGAGGGCGGAGAGGAUGGCCACUGGGGUGCCGAUGUCCGACCCAGGCGACACGGUCGAGAUGGAGGACCCGGCAACCCACUUCCAGGUGCAGAAGCACUCGUGGGAAGGGCUCCGGAACAUCAUCCACGGCAGCCGCAAGAACUCGGGCCUGAUCGUCAACAAGGCUCCUCAUGACUUCCAGUUUGUGCAGAAGACAGAUGAGUCAAGCCCCCACUCGCACCGCCUCUACUACCUCGGGAUGCCUUAUGGCAGCCGAGAGAACUCCCUCCUCUACUCUGAGAUCCCCAGGAAGGUCCGGAAAGAGGCUUUGCUGCUCCUGUCUUGGAAGCAGAUGCUGGACCAUUUCCAGGCCACGCCCCACCACGGGGUCUACUCUCGCGAGGAGGAGCUGCUGCGGGAGCGGAAGCGCCUGGGCGUCUUCGGCAUCACCUCCUAUGACUUCCACAGCGAGAGCGGCCUCUUCCUCUUCCAGGCCAGCAACAGCCUCUUCCACUGUCGGGACGGGGGCAAGAAUGGCUUCAUGGUGUCCCCCAUGAAGCCAUUGGAAAUCAAGACCCAGUGUUCUGGGCCCCGGAUGGACCCCAAGAUCUGCCCUGCCGACCCCGCCUUCUUUUCCUUCAUCAACAACAGUGACCUGUGGGUGGCCAACAUUGAGACAGGCGAAGAGCAGCGGCUGACUUUCUGCCACAGGGGCUUAUCCAAUGUUCUCGAGGACCCCAAAUCUGCAGGCGUGGCCACCUUCGUCAUCCAGGAAGAAUUCGACCGCUUCACCGGCUACUGGUGGUGUCCCACAGCCUCCUGGGAAGGUUCAGAAGGCCACAAGACACUGCGAAUCCUGUAUGAGGAAGUCGAUGAGUCCGAGGUGGAGGUCAUUCACGUGCCUUCUCCUGCACUAGAAGAAAGGAAGACAGACUCGUACCGAUACCCCCGGACAGGUAGCAAGAAUCCAAAGAUCGCCUUGAAGCUGGCCGAGUUUCAGACUGACAGUCAAGGCAAGAUCGUCUCGACCCAAGAGAAGGAGCUGGUGCAGCCCUUCAGCAUGCUCUUCCCCAAGGCGGAAUACAUCGCCCGGGCCGGGUGGACCCAAGACGGCAAAUACGCCUGGGCCAUGCUCCUGGAUCGGCCCCAGCAGCAGCUCCAGCUCGUCCUCCUGCCCCCAGCCCUGUUCAUCCCCACCACCGAGAAUGAGGAGCAGCGGGAGGCCUUCGCCAGAGCCGUGCCCAGUAAUGUCCAGCCGUACGUGGUGUACGAGGAGGUCACCAACGUGUGGAUCAAUGUUCAUGACAUCUUCUACCCCUUCCCCCAAUCAGAGGGUGAGGACGAGCUCUGCUUCAUCCGCGCCAACGAAAGCAAGACCGGCUUCUGCCACUUGUACAAGGUCACCACCACGUUACAGCCUAAUGGGUACGACUGGAGCGAGCCCUUCAGCCCCGGGGAAGAUGAAUUUAAGUGCCCUGUCAAGGAGGAGAUUGCGCUGACCAGCGGUGAAUGGGAGGUUUUGGCCAGGCAUGGCUCUAAGAUCUGGGUCAACGAGGAGACGAAGCUGGUGUACUUCCAGGGCACGAAGGACACGCCCCUGGAGCACCACCUCUACGUGGUCAGCUACGAGUCCGCCGGUGAGAUUGUGCGCCUCACCACGCCCGGCUUCUCCCACAGCUGCUCCAUGAGCCAGAAUUUCGACAUGUUCAUCAGCCACUACAGCAGUGUGAGCACACCACCCUGUGUGCAUGUCUACAAGCUGACCGGCCCCGAUGAUGACCCUCUACACAAGCAGCCUCAGUUCUGGGCCAGCAUGAUGGAGGCAGCCAGCUGCCCCCCCGAUUAUGUGCCCCCGGAAAUCUUUGACUUCCACACGCGGUCUGAUGUGCGGCUCUACGGCAUGAUCUACAAGCCGCAUGCUGUGCAGCCAGGGAAGAAGCACCCCACUGUCCUCUUCGUGUACGGAGGCCCCCAGGUGCAGCUGGUCAAUAACUCCUUCAAGGGAAUCAAGUAUUUGCGGCUCAACACGCUGGCGUCCCUGGGCUACGCUGUGGUUGUGAUUGAUGGCAGGGGCUCAUGUCAGCGAGGUCUUCGGUUUGAAGGGGCCCUGAAAAACCAAAUGGGCCAGGUGGAGAUUGAGGACCAGGUGGAGGGCCUGCAGUUCGUGGCCCAGAAGUAUGGCUUCAUCGACCUGAGCCGGGUGGCCAUCCACGGCUGGUCCUACGGAGGCUUCCUCUCGCUCAUGGGGCUGAUCCACAAGCCUCAAGUGUUCAAGGUGGCCAUCGCAGGUGCCCCGGUCACAGUCUGGAUGGCCUAUGACACAGGGUACACGGAACGUUACAUGGACGUCCCGGAGAACAACCAACUUGGCUAUGAGGCGGGCUCCGUGGCCCUGCACGUGGAGAAGCUGCCCAACGAGCCCAACCGCCUGCUCAUCCUGCACGGCUUCCUGGAUGAGAACGUGCACUUUUUUCACACAAACUUUCUCGUCUCCCAGCUGAUUCGAGCCGGAAAACCUUACCAGCUCCAGAUCUACCCCAACGAGAGACACAGCAUCCGCUGCCCUGAGUCCGGCGAGCACUAUGAAGUCACGCUGCUGCACUUUCUACAAGAAUACCUCUGAGGGCCAUGGCCCUCGGCUGCACACUUAGAGCACAAGUGGUUUCUCCGCCGCUGCCACCACCACCACCACCACCACCACCAGUGAGACCAGGCGGGAGGACCGAGUGGCCUUGCAGCCCCCACCCUGCAGUGCCCUCGCCGCAGCCCCUGCUGGACCGCCCAGGCCCCAGAGCCACCGCCUUCAUGUCCCGACGUCUUUUAUCAGUUUAAAAAAUGCUCCUGGGUUCUUUGCCAGUUGCUUCUUGGUUGCCAAGACGGAGAGAUAUGGCUGACACCCCCAGGGCACUUCCUGAAGCCAUCCCCUCUCCCCGCUGUCUGGGAGCAGGACGCCUGAACUCCGCUGGGCACUGGAGCCGUUGGGUCUGCCUCCUGCGCCCUGGCCCACCACCGCGUCCAGCCCAGAAGCAUGCGAUUGGUUGCCUUUUCUCCUAACCAGCCCCAUUUCCUACUUGUGUUUUGUUUUUGGGGACAUUUUUCAUAAUUAUUUAAAAGACAGAAAGCAAGGGGUGCUGAAAUCUAGAAUUGGGGUCUGCCGCUGAGUAACGGGGUCCAGCCCAGCCAGCACCCGCCUCUUUCGAAGCCCAGAGUGGGGAGCGGUGGCCAGCAGGUAUGAGCAAUGCACACGGUGCAGGGCAGCCUCCUGGGCCCGCCUUUCCCCAGCUUUUAGGCAGGCUCCGACCUUGUUCAGCUUCGGUCUCUGCUGGCCAGCGGCUGCUGCCCACCCCGUCCCUCCAGCCACGUGUCUGCCUGGCCCACACAGACCAGAUUCCGGGGUUGGGAGGGGAACCAUCCCCACCUCAGGGUUAUCUUUACUCCUUCCUUUCCCUCCCUGCCAAGAGUUCUGCCAGGGGCGGGCAAAAAAACAAAACAAAAAAAACCCAGAAACAAACCACCUCUACAUAUUAAGGAAAGAAAAUAUUUUUGUCAAUUCUUAUUCUUUUAUAAUUAUGCGUGUAAGAAGUAGGCUCAUUAAACGAUUCCAGAUGGAAGCGUUGCCACCUGCCUGCGUUUCCUUCUAAGCCCUGGGGAUGGGGAUGAGGGCCUUUUGGAGUGUGCAGGGUCUCGGAGGUGGCAGAGCCAAAGGCAUGGCGGUCUUUGUAGUGAGCCCUGGACGCCUUGGCACAAAAGAGGGAGGGACACCAUGCCCUGGCUGGAAGGUGCCCUGCUCCUCAGAGUGGUCCAGUGAGGACAGUCCCCACAGUCCUGAUAUGUCACUCAGGAUCAGCAUAGGAUGUGGAGGGCGGUAUAGCCAGCCCCCCAGGCUUUCCCAGGGCAACAGCACAACCCAAGGUACAGCAUCCUUCUGGCUGAAUGCUCUGUGGGCCACCAUUACUUCCUUUUGCACUGUGCUUGUCCAGAGACGUGAGCCCGUGUUUCAGGCAUCAGGAAACCCCCCCUUCAUGUUUGUGCCGACAGCAGAGAGAUCCAGGGGGAGACGGUGCCUGUGGAUGUGGCACGCAGGGUGUUUGAGUUUCUGACAGCAGAAUGGCCUUGCCGAGUGCAGUCAUCCUCUCCAUCCUUUGGGAAGCUCUGCCUUUAUUUUUAAUUGCUUAAAAAAUAAGUACAAAAGGCUAUAGGGAGGAAAGAUGCCCUUCGUCCCAAGUCUCUAUUUUUAAUAGCUGCAUUCUAUUCAGCUUUGUGAAUGGUCUAUAAGUUAUUUUGCUAGGAACCUAUCAAGGAAUAAUAAAAGUUAUUCUGGACUUUUUAUAUUAAUCAGUGUAAGGGUCAGCUGGCCUCCUCUGUAAAGAGCCAGGUAGUAAAUAUUUUGGGCUUUAUAGACCAGAUAGUCAGUGUUCCAACUACUCAACUUCACCCUUGUAGUUCAAAAGCAGCCACCAAUGAUAUGUAAAGUGUAGGUAUAGCUGUGUGCCAAUAAAACUUUAUUUACAAAACCAGGCAUGUAGCCAGAUUCAACCCACAGGCUGUAAUUGAACAACUCCUGGUAUAAAUGAUACCGUAACCAAUAGCUUUGUACAUAUUUUGGGCAUAUGUUUGAAUUUAUUGGGUAAAUUCCUAGGUUUAUAAAAGGCAUAUUCAUUUUUAAUUUUUGAAGAAUACUGCCAACUUGCCUUCCAAAGAGAACGCCUCAGUGUGCACUUUGCCAAGAGGAAGAAGAGUGUCAGUUUCUCCACUCCUUCACCAGUAUUACGUGUUUUCAAACAUUUUUAUCUUGAAUCUUAAGAGGUAAAACAUGGCAUCUCACUGUAACUUGAACUAAAAAAUUUUUUAUGUGUGGGAAUAUUUUCAUGUUUUAAAGACACUAAUUUACUAGUAAUAAUUUGCCCCCUUUUUAUCAACCUCAUUGAUUUGUAGACACUACAUAUGAAGAAAAUUAGUUCAUUGUCAUACAGGUUGAAAAUUGAACUAUGUUGCUGACUUCAAAAUGUUUUACGGGUAAGAUGGCUAAAAUCAUCUCAGGAACAAGAUGUCUUUACUUAACCCACUGUGAAAUAAAAUGGAGAGGAAACCAGUCAUAAGUCACAGAAUGAUAGAAACUAGUGAGAAAGAGGACUCUGGGGUUGCCCCAGGAGACUUGGCAGCUGGCAACCCUCAAUCAUGUCAAAGCAGGAACUCUUCAUCAUAACCUCCUACCCCUGCCUCACCCAGUCAACAUUCAGAUUGUCACGAGACAGCAUCUGAUGGCCAGACUUCAGUUAGUCACAUUCCUGCCCUGAUAAUGAGGUCUGGAAACAAGUGAGGUGCCAACAGGAAGGGGGAAUGAAUGGUAGGCAGCUACAAAAGGACAAGUCUGACAGAAGGUCUCAGUAUCUCGAGGUGGCAGGUUAGAGAUGUCUGUUUCUUCCUGUUGAUACGUGGCCACCGUUUCCUCCACCUGAUGGGGAUUCCAUGAGCAGGAGGAUCCCUGAUGCUAUUUGAGGUUACCUGUGCACGUGCUUGAUUCCUUUCCCAGUAUAACUGCUCAUCUCUUCCCUAAUUGGCAAGAACCCAUAUGUGGUAGACAUAAAACCCUGUCAUAUCAAUUGCA